GAGACCCUUACUUCAAGAGAGGCCCAGAUAGGUUGCCUUGGAUCAAGGAAACAAGUUUUUGGUGAAAAGGUUUCAACUUUUUAUGGUCUUCUUGUGAUUAUCUGUGGUUGGUUUUACUUUUUCCAAGGUUGUUUCUCAUGACUGUUCCUGCUUUCUAUUCUUGGGUUAAAAGAUGAAGUCUUGAUUUUAUUAGUUUUUUUCAUUUGUGGCUAUGUUUUUAAGGGUAGGUGGUGGGGAUAGGAUUUGGGUAUCCUGUUGUUGUUGGUACUUUCUGGAAAAAGGUGACAAGAAUUUGAUAAGUUCUGGAGUUUUGAGGAUAACUCAAACUACCUGCGGAGACUUGAAAAUAUCUGAUAAUUAGAAGAUUAGAUCCAUUUUUCCUCACCAGAUCUGAUAACUUGUUUUCAAUUCUGCUUCUGCUCAACAGCUUGCCCAUCUUUGAUUUGACCUUGAGACAUAGACUGUGUUCUCUUUAUUUCUCCUUGAUGAAAAAAUAUCGGUGGGUCAUUGAGAUGUCAUAGGAUGGAAGGGGAAUUGUUAGAACCUGCAAGCUUUACCGCAAGUUUAAUUGUGAAAGGAAAUGAUGAGGAUGAAAAUUGGUGGAUCGUGUGAAAAAAAUAUAGAUAGUUAGAACUGUUAAUUGGACACACAGUGGAAUUGAUGGAAGAGAUGUCCCCAGCAGUUGCAAUGACGCUUAGUUUAGGUAAUUCUAUGUAUGAUAACUCGGGUAUUACAGCCCAUGUGGAAAUUAAACGGUUAAAGCUAGUAGCAGACACUGUAAGCUUGUUGUCUGAUCCUGUUAAGGUGGUAUCCGAUGAGGCUGUUAUUGCAUGCAGUGGAAGCUCUAGAGAUGCUAAUAAUGCAGUGGACUUAGGCUUGUUGUCUGAUCCUGUUAAGGUGUUACCUGAUGAGGCUGUUACUCCAAGCCGUGGAAGCUCUAACGAUGCUAAGAAUGUGGUGGACUUAGCCACCUUGUCUGCAUCAAAUGAUGGUGUUGGAGGAGCUGAUUCAUUGAAGGUAUUGCCAGAUAAUGGAAACAUAUCAGUUCCAGCUGAUCCUCUCAUACAGGAAAUCGAUGAAGAUGAAGUAUUGUCAGUUGUGGAAGACAAUAAUGGAAUAAUGACUGAGGACUUGUUGGCAUUGGAGGCAGGAUCUGAAAUAAGCUUGCCAAAAUCUGUUGAGAUUGAAGAUAGUCAAAUCAUUGCCAAGGCUAUUAUUGUGGAGUCAUCGAAUGAGGUGCAGGUGCCUACGGCUAAACUCCUUAUUGCAGCAGUGAGCCCAAAUGCAGACAUCUCUCAUGGCCCUGAUUUGAGGGCAUCUGCAGUGGUUCUUAAGUUGCCCAGUGAGAAGAAUCUCAGCAAAGGAACUACACGGAGUGUGUUUGAGCUUGAUUGUAUACCUCUUUGGGGUUUUGUAUCAAUUUGUGGCAGAAGACCAGAAAUGGAAGAUGCUGUUGCAGCCAUUCCUCGGUUUGCAAAAAUUCCUAUCAAGAUGCUUAUUGGUGACCGUGUUGUUGAUGGAUUAAGUGAAAGUUUGACCCAUGUAAUGAGUCAUUUUUUUGGUGUUUACGAUGGCCAUGGGGGCGCUCAGGUUGCUAACUAUUGUCGUGACCGAAUCCACUGGGCCUUGGUUGAAGAGAUUGGAAAUGUUAAAAAUGUUUCAAGUGAUGCAAGCAUGGAGGGAAAUCAGCAGGUGCAGUGGGAGAAAGCCUUCACUAGUUGCUUUCUUAAGGUUGAUGAUGAGAUAGGAGGAAAAGGUACCAGAGGCACCAUUGAAGGCCAUGGAGAUGCUUCUGAUGCCAAUUUUGAGCCCGUGGCCCCAGAAACAGUUGGAUCUACAGCUGUGGUUGCCUUGGUCUGUUCAUCCCAUAUCAUAGUUGCAAAUUGUGGUGAUUCAAGAGCAGUGCUUUAUCGUGGAAAAGAAUCGAUGGCAUUGUCAGUUGAUCAUAAACCAAACAGAGAAGAUGAGUAUGCAAGGAUUGAGGCUUCUGGGGGCAAGGUGAUUCCAUGGAAUGGACAUCGUGUUUUUGGUGUUCUUGCUAUGUCUAGGUCAAUUGGUGAUAGAUACUUGAAACCAUGGAUUAUUCCAGAACCGGAAGUCAUGUUUAUUCCUCGUGCUAGAGAUGAUGAAUGCCUUAUUUUAGCCAGUGAUGGGUUAUGGGAUGUCAUGACAAAUGAUGAAGCCUGUGAAGUUGCUCGAAAACGGAUUUUGCUCUGGCACAAAAAGAAUGGAGUUGCGUCUCUUGCUGAAAGGGGCAACGGAAUUGAUCCAGCAUCUCAAGCAGCAGCUGAUUACCUUUCUAUGCUCGCCAUGCAAAAAGGAAGCAAGGAUAAUAUCUCAGUGAUUGUGGUGGACUUGAAAGCUCAAAGGAGGUUCAAGAGCAAAUCUUAAUCAAGGUUCAAUCAUCAUCUAGCUUAAAUUUAUAUACCUAUAUAUUAGAGAAAAUAUAUCUAAUGAAAUACAUAGCUUGGUCCAUUCUUUUUUCUUAUGGGCUUAAUAUGUGUGUACAAGAAUAGAAACUAGUGUGUACUGUAGCAAGUGUAUCCUAAUGCCAUAUUGCCUGUGUUUUUGAUAUCAACUGUGCCAAAGCUAUAUUUAUAGUUACGUAAAUUUGAGCUGAAAGGUAGGGGGAGAUUUACGUUGUUCAAUUUUGUAGAUCAUCUCCAGUGUGAGGUUACUCACUCAACGGAUGUAUUGUGUAUUAACUCUCCAAACUGUGGCAAUGGCUUGAAUGAUGCAGGUAUUUAUGCUAUAUGCUAUUAUGGGUGCCCA